AUGCUUCUUAUAGUGUUCGUAGUCGGAUUUCUGCUCCUUCUUACUGCGUUCGUUGCACUGCAACUGCGGAGGAGUCAACAGUUCCCGACAUUUAGCGAUGCAACCCCAUCUCGAGUUGCGGCGAGGCGUUCAGAAACGCGACGGAGUCAAUACAAUGACGGAGAUUAUUGGAGUAAUGAAAGUUCUGAUGAGGGUAGCGACGACGAUGAUAAUGAUGACUGUGAAGUAGGCCACAAACGUGAAGAGAGGCGUAAGCUGCGCGGUGGAACCAGUGGCAGCGCCGGACCAUUGCGGCACCGCCGCACGAGGCGCGGUGCAGGGAAUGCUGCUGAGGCAGACGGGGACGGUGAGGAAGAUAAAAAUGGUUCUCAGACGAAAUUAUCUCGAUUACAAAGAAAGAAACAAGAAAAAGAGAGAGAACGACAGGAGCGGCAGCAGGCGCAGGAAGCACUGCUAGAGAAUCGGCGAGUGAAGCAGGAGGAGGAGCAGCGGCAACAGAAAGACCGCGAGCGUGAAGAGAGGGAGCGAGAGAUUGCCGAAGAAGCAGCACUGCAGGAGUUGCGCGAGGAAAAAAAGCGUCAAGAAGAUGAGGAGUAUGCAAAGUGGGUUGAAGGCAUUGGGGUGGUAGAGCGCGGUGAAAUUGGAGACGAGGAGCGAAAGAAGCAUGACAAUCUUGUCAAGUACUUAAUCACCAUGGCGGGUAACGGCGGUGAGCGCCAACAGCAGCGGGUGAUUGAUGCAGAAAACUUUGGUGAGGGUGAGAAGGUCGGUGACGAGACAAUAACAAGGGGUACCGAGUCAAGCAGCCGUGGAAAUAUACUGAUUCUCAACGACGUCGCACGAACGCAUGGGUUGUCAGUGGAAGUCACUGUUCAGGUGAUAGAAAAGCUUUUGGAGGACGGUGUUAUCAGCGGUGUUUUUGAUGACCGUGGAAAGUUUGUUAUGCUUUCCGAGGAGCACUAUAAGCAAAUCGCAGAGUUUGUUAAACUCCGCGGCCGCGUUUCGAUGAAGGAGCUUGCACGAGAGUGUAACAGGAUAAUCAUGUUGUGA